AUGAGGAUGUUUUAAACGAUUUGCAAGUUCUUUAGCUGUCAAUUAAACGCACAGAUCAAAAGAAAACAACUUAACUAAACAGUUCUCGUACAUGACGAGCAGCGUUCCCGGGUUUUUUCCCGUUAUGACUGUAUGAAUGCACUGAAAUAAGAAGUCAACCCCAUUUGGAGCAGCACUAUCUCUCCGCGCGCGUGGGAUUCAAGCAGUAGCCAGCCGCGAGACAUCUGAGGAAUUACAUCGGCUCUCCUAAAAGUCAUUCGCAGAUGUUUUUCGCUGUUCGUCCGUGGACCGUGGACUUUUUCAUGGACAUGGAUCGUUUUCUCUAGUUGGAUACCGACUGGUCGCUACGUGAAGCUGUUUGAUUCUGGGAUAUUCUUCAGUCUGGUCCAGCAGUGAUGCCGCUACGUGACGGGAAUUGAGAGUUUCCAUAUUCACAGAGAAAUCCGAGCAGACUUUGCCAAUCUUUCAAGACAGUGCAGCACCUACUCUGAGUAUGGACUUGGCAAGUGAGGCCCAUGUUCUGGUGGUUUUACUCACCUGCCUGUUCUUGAUGUGCCAGGCUCAAGAGAAGGACUACACCAUAAAAGAGGAACAGCCGGAGAAUGUGCGCAUCGGAAACCUGCGCAAAGACCUCAACUUGAACCUUGAUCCAGACAUUAAACUGUCUUCUGCGCUGCAGUUUAAACCUGUCUACAAGACGGGCGAUGUGCCUUUGGUCAAGGUAGAGGCAAGCACGGGAGAGAUUUUUACCACAGCCAACCGCAUCGACCGUGAGAAACUCUGUUCCAGAGUCUUCAAUGAUAAGCGCUGCUUUUACGAGAUCGAGGUCGCCGUGCUACCAGACGAGAUUUUCCGAUUGGUCAAGAUCCGUUUUCUCAUCGAAGAUAUCAACGACAAUGCCCCGCUCUUUCAAUCGACUGUUAUCAACAUCUCCAUUCCAGAAAACACAGCCAUCAACAGCCGCUACCCUGUCCCUUCCGCAUUCGACCCUGAUAUCGGGAUCAAUGGGAUUCAACACUACGAGCUUGUCAAGAGUGUGAGUGAAUUUGGCCUGGACAUCAUUGAGACGCCUGAAGGAGACAAAUGGCCCCAACUCAUAGUCCAACAGAGCCUCGAUCGGGAGAUGAAGGACACCUUUGUGAUGAAAAUUAAAGUAGAGGAUGGUGGCACCCCUCCAAAGUCCAGCACAGCUAUUCUGCAGGUCACCGUCUCAGAUGUGAAUGACAAUCGGCCAGUGUUCAAGGACAGCGAGGUGGAGGUAAACGUUCCUGAGAAUGCCCCAAUGGGAACAUCUGUCACUCACCUUCAUGCCACAGAUGCUGAUCUGGGAUCCAAUGCUCAGAUUCACUUCUCCUUCAGCAACCAAAUAUCCCCUUCCACCAAACAACAUUUUGCUAUCGACAGCACAACUGGACUGAUUACCAUCAAGCAGCCAUUGGACAGGGAAUUCAACCCGGUGCACAAGCUUAUAGUGCUGGCCAGUGACGGUAGCUCUACCCCUUCAAGGGCAACAGUGAUUGUCAAUGUAACAGACACUAAUGACAACGUCCCCUCUAUAGAUACCCGUUAUAUAAUGAAUCUUGUAAAUGGCACUGUGCUGUUGUCUGAAAAUGCCCCCCUUAACACAAAAAUAGCUCUAAUUACCGUGAUGGACAGAGAUUCAGAUCUGAAUGGUAAAGUGACUUGUUACACUGAUCAUGAUGUACCUUUUAGACUGAAGCCAGUCUUCAAUGACCAGUUUUUGCUUGAAACUGCUGCUCCUUUAGAUUAUGAGACCACUCGAGAGUAUGCAAUUAGGAUAGUUGCAUCUGACUCUGGGAAACCUUCUUUGAACACUUCGGCAAUGGUUCUGAUUAAAAUAAAGGAUGAGAAUGACAAUGUCCCAGUUUUCCCUCAGCCUGAAAUCCAGCUGUCCAUUCCGGAAAACAAUGACCCGGGCACACAGUUGAUAAAAAUCAGUGCAACAGAUGCAGAUAGUGGUUCUAAUGCCCUUAUUAUUUACAGUCUUGGCCCAGAUGCUCCUGAUGGAUUUAACAUAAAUCCCCGAUCUGGAAUCCUUUCUGUCGUCAAAAGGCUGGAUAGGGAGAAGCAGGAGACGUAUUCAUUCACAGUCAUUGCCAGGGAUAAUGGUUCUACCCCUCUCCAAAGCAAUGUCACAGUGAAGCUAAUAGUCCAAGACCAAAACGACAACAGUCCAGCCUUUACCCAUCCCGAGUACAAUUUCUAUGUGCCUGAGAACCUGCCUUUGUAUGGGACAGUGGGUUUGAUCACUGUCACUGAUGCAGAUGCUGGCGACAAUGCAGUCGUCACUCUCUCGAUCAUAAAUGGGAAGGACAAUUUCAUCAUCGACCCCAAAACCGGGGUGAUCAAACCAAACAUUACCUUUGACAGGGAGCAACAAAGUUCCUACACGUUUGUUGUCAAGGCUGUGGACGCAGGUCAGAUGCAAACAACCUCCUAUGCCAAGGUCACCAUAAAUGUUGUUGAUGUGAAUGACAAUCGACCAGUGUUUGUCAUUCCCUCCUCAAACUACUCCUAUGAUCUAGUACCUUCAACCACCAGCCCUGGAUCAGUGGUGACCAGAGUAUUUGCCAUUGACAAUGACACUGGGAUGAAUGCUGAGUUGCAGUACAGUAUUAUUGGAGGGUCACAGAGAGGAUUGUUUGCCAUUGACAAAAUGACAGGCAACAUUACUCUGCAGGAGAAGAUUAUAGCUUCAGAUCAAGGUCUCCACAGGCUGGUGGUAAAGGUAAAAGACUUGGGACAGCCUGAGUCCUUACAUGCAAUCGCCCUUGUCCAUUUGUUUGUCAAUGAUACUGUCUCCAAUUCCACAUUCAUCCAGGAGCAACUUCGCAAGAGUUUGGAGACUCCUUUGGAGCGGAACAUUGGGGACAACGACGUGACACCUCAGACCAAUGGCUACGUAAUUGUUGUUAUUGCCAUAAUAGCUGGAACUAUGACCGUUAUCUUGGUGAUCUUUGUGACUGCUUUGGUACGCUGUCGACAGACACCUAGACACAAAGUUGUCCAGAAGAGUAAACAGAGUGGCGAGUGGGUAUCACCCAACCAGGAGGGUCGGCAGAUUAAAAAGAAAAAGAAGAAGAAAAAGAGGUCACCAAAAAGUUUGCUGCUGAAUUUCGUAACCAUUGAUGAAGCCAAGACCGAUGACCCUACUCACGAGCACAUCAAUGGCACCUUAGACCUCCCUGUUGAACUUGAGGAGCAGACAAUGGGAAAGUAUAACUGGGCUACCACACCAACUACCUUCAAACCCGACAGUCCUGACUUAGCCAAGCACUACAAAUCUGCUUCCCCUCAGCCAACAUUUCAGAUCAAACCAGAGACCCCUGUGGCUCCCAAAAAGCAUCAUGUCAUUCAGGAACUCCCGCUGGACAACACAUUUGUGGUGGGCUGUGACACACUCUCCAAGUGUUCCUCGAGCAGCUCCGACCCCUACAGCGUUUCAGAGUGCAGCUGUCAAGGGGGCUUCAAAGCACCUGGACAAAUCCACACCAGACAGGAGACGGCACUGAAACCACCACUCUAUGGCACACUCUGUGGCACAGGUACAGCUCGCUCCCACAGGAUAAAAAUCAAUCUCUAGCUGCCAUUUCCUAAAGAGAGGGAGGGAGGGAGAGGAAGGCACUCACAGAAGAGGUGAAAACAUGAACUGAACACAUUCUCCAGCCUCAAACGAGUCCUAGAGAGUAACGCCAGACUAAUGUAACUGUCCGAAACUCUGCUUGUGACAUGUAGGAGGUUUGAAAUGCUUUGUUUAACCCUUUUGUCCUCAUUCACCGGUUGCACCGAAUAGGGCACAAGAGACACCUCCACUCUGCUUAUCCAAAUUGAAUAUGUAUAUGGCGAAGACCUCUGUAAAGAAUGUUUAUAUAGAUAUGUAUUUAUGUAUAGCAGCAGCCACAGUCCUUGUCGUCUGUGUGUCUAUUUAUUGAUUUUGUUCACUGAUUUUCUUGAUUGACACGUUCAACAAAGUUCGAUGAAACUUUGAUGUGCCUGGUGGUUGUUGUUUUUCUUUCUUUUUCAUAUCCUUUGCUCACCUGCUUUUACUUUUUCAUUUGCUCAAUCUGUGCUUGUAUCCGAUAGAUCACGGUAGUGAGAUGGAGAUCUCUUUGUCACCGAUUGCCACAGCACACCUCACAAUGUCCCAGCGUUUGUUAACAUUGAAAUGCAUGGCCCUCCAUAGGAGGUACCAGAACUUUUUAACUCUGUCACUGAUUGCCUCCAAAUUUGGGAAGUGGAAGUUUCGAAAAGAGCCCUAAUUCUUUGCUAGGAUGCAAUCAUAUGGGACAGUGGCCCUGCUUCUAAUCAAAGAACCCCCUUGUACGCAGUAAAAAGGGACACCGGGUCUGACCUUUAUAUGUUGUCUGUUGGCUUUAACCAGAGCCAAUAUAACUUCUGAGAUGUAUUAACUGAUUUUGAAUAGAAAGUCUUCAGCAAUCUUGUCAUACGAGAUGGCAGGUUUUAGUUACAUCAUCUGGGUGUUUGUAUAUUCUGAAACUGACAUGCUAUGUAUUCAUACAACCGGAGAUAGGAAAAUUAUAUAUAUA